UUUUAUAUUAACGCCAUGUCCCAUAUUAGCACUGCUCGAAGCUCACUGCAAAGCUUGUGAGAGAUGUUGCUAUCCAUAAUAGUAGGGUAAGUUGUAUGUUAUCUACAAAAAAUAUGUAACUUGGCUUGAGGCAGGUUUUUGUAUAUGUAGAUAAUAGGUAACAAAGCACUACUAAAUGUUUUAGAAACUAAAAAAGUGUAAAUUUGGCAUACCCUUUGCACUGUAGGAUUUCAGGCACCUAAAACUCUUGAUAGCACAAUUGUUUGAUCUCACCUUGAUGUCAUGUUCGUCAAAGGAGAAUGUUCAGAGCAAUGUUCAGAUCAUAGCUGGUGUCAUAGUUGAGGAUGCUUAAAAGAAAACACUGAAAGGAAACAUGUUAAUUGCUGGUGUAUGCGAAAGUGCCGCAUGCAAUGUAUUUAGAACAAAUAUAUAUUUUUGACAUUUAUAAAAAAUAAAUAAAAAAUACCCCAAUACUGUCCACACAAACUCUUGGCCCCCAAGUUGAUAUAUAAUUCACAACUGUGAUUUUGUUUUAUACUAUUUGUGUAAAAUACCAAAAGAAAUCUGUCAUUUUGAAGCAAACUGACAAUGUAUUUGAGCAUAUUAAAGCUGAUUUAAAAAAAAAAAGCAUUGCCUUGUCAGCUCUGUAUUUUUCAUAGCAUGUAUGGGAAUGCGUAUUUGUGUUUGCUUUUUUUUUAUCUAGUGGUAAUCUAAUUUUGCAUUUAAUAAAGUCAAUAUUACUAUUUGCAUAGCAGUAAAAGUUGUCAAGUUUUGUAUGAGUAAUUUCAAAGCAUUUACUCAUGUAAAUGUAUGAGUAAUGUAUGAGUAAUUUCAAAGCAUUAGUGUUAUCAGGUAAACAGAAGCCAGCCACAUACAAUAAAUAACAUUUCGGAGAAGAGCACGAGUGACUGACUUUGGGCGGAGAUUAUCAACUUCUUGUAUUCUGCUAUUGCGUAAUAUACUGUGUAUCAGGUGACUGUCAGAGGAAUACAAACGGAGUAUUUCAUAUUUUAGACUACUGAAAAGUUUGUUUUACUAUAGCGAUGAAUGUUUGUCUCAUUAAGUAACGGCCUACAAGUAAUCGACAUAACAUCGGAUUUGUCAAGAUAUGAAUUAAUCAUAAAAGGCUUACUGUAUCGCACAGGGUAGUUUCACUUUCAGUAAAUCAAUGUGAUUCUACGGAAGUGUGGGAAUAAUGCGCGUGACACUGUCAGGCCUUAAUUAGGGGGCCCCAAACUCCCCCAUAAUCAGGAACCUUUUAAAGUGAUGGCUGAUGAAUCCUGUAGCACAGAGAUUCAACAGCGUCGCGUGGAGCUGGUGGGGAACUACAGCAAACACCUGACACACCUUCUGGACUUGCUGUUUAAUGUGGGGGCAGUGACCGAGGAGGACCUCAGUCUUGUUAGAGGUUCGGCUGUUCGAGGUGAGAGAGAAUGUAUGAGAGUUCUGCUGGAUGUGCUAAAUGGGAGAGGAGAAGAAGCAUGCAGGGCUUUCCUCUACGUACUACCAAGUGUUCAAGAUAAGACCGCCAAACUAGGACAGGCCAACAGGCAAGAGCAUCUCAAAAAACACAAGGACAUCUUGGCUAGACAGCAUGGCCUGGUGGACUAUCUCAGCAUCAGAAGACAUUGUUUAGGACACGAUGAGACCGGGUGCUGGACUGAUAUCACUUUUUCAAGACAAGCUGGUUAUGCAUCGCCUUCUCAAUGCCGACAUGAGUCAGCAGGAGUUGGGGAUGAGAUCUGCAUUUUCAAGGACGUGUAUGAGAAUCUGCUGUGCAGCCCAGCGAGUGGUGUGAAUAUGCUGUCAGGAGAUGCUGGAAGUGGGAAAACCACGUUUGUGAGACGCCUGGUGCGAGAGUGGGCUGCAGAAACCAAUUCAUCCAAGACUGUCCUAUCUCUGUCCUUUCGUGAAUUGAACCUCAUAACUCAAGAGCAGAGCUUGCAGGACCUGCUCUCGGAUCACUACAUCCAUCUGAAACCUUUCCUGCCCGAGUUACUGAACUCAAACCCAGCACAGUUUUUACUCAUCUUAGAUGGUCUGGAUGAGUUCUGCUACCCUCUUAAUUUCGAACACACUCCCAAGUGUUCAGAUCCUGAGCGGGUGCAGCCUAUACAAUCCAUUGUGGUGAACUUAAUCAAGGGAAAUCUGCUUCCAGGAGUGUCCAUUUUCCUUACUUCACGACCUCAUGCGGUCACCAAGGUUCCUCCAGUUCUGGUCAGCCAGUUUUACAGUCUGCUCGGUUUCUCUGUAGCUCAACAGAAGCAGUACUUUGAGCAGAACUGCAGUUCUCCUGAGGCUGCCGAGGCAGUGUUGGCUUCGGUGUCGUCCCAUAAACCCCUUCUACUCAUGUGCCACAUUCCUGCAUUCUGUUGGAUCGUGUCCACCGCCUUGCAUGAUGGCGGCUCCUGCCUUUUUCCUGAUACUGCAGGUGCCAAUUCAGGAGAAAAAGGAGCCCUUAAGGAAGCCAACCAACCAAACUCUUUAUUAGGACCUUCUGAGGAGAACUCCAAACCAGUCACGAUCUCUGAAAUCUACUGCUGCUUUGUUAAAUCCAUCUUGCUAUUCCACGUGCAAGGCCGUAGCGAGGGCUCCCAUCUCACCAGGCUUCAGCAUGCCCCUCAUGUCCUUGGCGAAAUGCAGCCUAUACUCAAGAGCCUUGGAGCUAUGGCCUUCAAAGGCCUCCUGGAGAGACGGUUCAUCUUUGAAAGCUCUGAUUUGAACUCUUUUAAUCUGGAUAGCGCCAAUCUCUCACAGGUGUUUCUCUCUGAGAUACUUAAAGAGGAUCGAGCAUCCCUCACCUUUGAAAAAGGCUUUCAUUUUAUCCACACCAGCAUGCAGGAGUUUCUAGCUGCCCUGUACUAUGUUCUCCAGUCGCUCUCAGGAUCAGAUCCAUUUUCAGGCCUCAAACCAAGCACAGGCUGCUCUAUCCAAAAUGCAUUAAAGCAAAUGGCAUCAGCCGUUAACAAAUUCAACACACCGCAGCGUCUCUUCCGCAGACGCAUUAAGAAAGCCCUUCGCUGUGGUGAACGACAUCAGUCUGGACACAUGGAUCUUUUCGCCAGGUUUGUAUGCGGCCUGCUGGUUCCCAGAACACGUCUCAUCCUAAAUGGAUUUUUCCCUGAUGGGCCCAAGAUGCAUCUGCUCCGUUGCCAGCCCUCUCCAGACCCGACUCCACCUUUCCUUCUCCAUCUGUUACGCUCCCAACUCCAGAGCUCCACCCUCAGUCCGGAGAGGCAGGUCAAUAUUUACCACUGUCUAUAUGAGGCCCAGGACCCUGGUUUGUCACAGCGGCUACGAAGUUGGAUGAAAGUUCUUUCACAGCAGCCCUUAGAUCAGUCCAGUUCGGUAAACAGGGACUGGAGUGAGCUGGCUUUCCUGUUACAGCUCAGUCCAGACCUGCAGGUUUUAAAUUUAGAAGCUCAAGGACUCAGUGCUGACGGACUACGCCGGCUCCUACCAGUCCUUCCACUUUUUUCAACGCUCAGCCUGGGCCAGAAUCCUCUUGGUUCAGAGGGAGCAUCUGUGUUAUCUCUUGUUCUGAGAAACCCUGAUUGUCGAAUUCAGAGGCUGUGGGUGGUUGCAACAGGACUUGGCUGUGAAGGCCUGAAGAUCCUUGUAGAAGCGCUGAAAGAAAAUUGCACUGUGACUGAUCUCAGAAUGGCCAUAAAUAAAAUAGGAGAUGUUGGAGCUGGUUACCUUGCAGAAUUGUUGAGGAUGAAUCGCACACUGACGGAUAUCAGACUUCGUGACAACCUAGUGACAGACAAAGGAGCAGAAGUCCUCAUGGCUGCCCUGAAAGAGAACACUACAUUAGAGUAUCUGUGGUUGUUUGACAACAAGUUUACCAAAGAUGGUGUCAAGAAACUCAAAGAAUUUGCAAAGACCAGACCAAACCUUGACAUUAAAGCUUGCGUCUGACCCACAACCAACAAACCAGUGGAGUAGCAACUGAUUAAUGACAAACAUUUUCAUUCACACAUUCACACAUUUUAUUCAUACAUUGUUUUACAUAUUGGUACAAUUGCUAUGAAAUAUUACUUUUAAUACAUAUUAGACUGCUAGGUGAAUAGUUCAGCCAAAAAUGAAAAAUAGCUGAAAAUGUACUCACCCUCAGGCCAUCCAGGAUGUAGAUGAGCUUGCUUCUUCAUUAGAACAGAUUUGGAAAAAUUUAGCAUUACAUCAUUUGCUCACCAACAGAUCCUCUGCAGUGAAUGGGUGCUGUCAGAAUGUGGUAAAGAAGAUGAUAAAAACAUCACAAUAAUCCACAAGUAAUCCAAACAACUCCAAUCCAUCAAUUAACAUCUUCUGAAGCAAAAAGCAGCAUGCUUGUAAGAAACAAAUCCAUCAUUACGGUGUGUUUUCACUAUAAACAAAUAACUACUCAGGCUACUACUGCCCUCUGCUGGACAUUUAAGGAGCUGUUAUUUGUAUGUUAUAUUUGUACAUUAAUAAGCAGCAAUAUUUUAGGAUUUAUAGACAGUUUUUCUUUAAACACUGAAUUGCAUUUAUUUAUUUCGUGCAGUAACAUUUUUAUUAUCAAAUCUUUUACAGCUUUUAGUUAACACACACACACACAAUCUGAUUAGACUUGGUCUUAUAAGUAUAUGAUAGACUUUGAGGGACCUAAAACGCCUUCUCAACACACACCUGUUCUUCUCGUACUUCUUUAUAAAUUAUUGUCUUCGUUCUCUUUUCUGCUAUAGUGUGUCUAACCAGUUUGACGUUUAUUGCCCAUUUUUGUGGGUGCUUUUACAUGCAGAGCUCAGGGCUCUUAAGACGCUUCAUAAACAGAAGUAAAAAUGUAAGUGUAAAAUACACAAAUCCAGAGUAUUCUUUAGUUAGUAAAUGCAUUUAUUUUAAAGAUACUAUGUGAAACUGUUACUAAAAUCACAGUUAUGUAUGUUAGAGGCACUUUUGAUCGUACAUAGGCUACUGGUGAUCUCUAAAACCCAAAAAGAUAGAUAGAUAGAUAGAUAGAUAGAUAGAUAGAUAGAUAGAUAGAUAGGCUUGACUACUUUUUGUGCAAACUUCUGAAUAUGGUUUUCAUUUUUUACUGUGAUCCAUGUCAUAUAAUUUUUUUUUUGAAACAUUGCACGCCUGUCUUCUGCAUAAUAGAGGUUCAUGCAUUGUAUCAUUAAUUGUCAUAACAUCUUGAAAUAUGAAUUGUUAUAAGUAUGAUUGCUUAGCAAUGCUUACAAUGCAAAGUACAAGUGUUGUUAUGCGAUCAUUAAAACAAGAUGUAUAAAUAGAUGUUCAAUAAACAUUAUAUGGAUUCUCCAGAUUCCAGUUUGCUUUGGUAA